AUGGCUCUACAAAUUAGACAAUUAAUCCAACAUUUCAUAAUCGUUUUCUCCUUAUUCUCACGUUACAACGCCUUGAAAGAGGACCCACGUUAUAAUUACUAUAAAGAAGUGGUAGCUGGGUAUGAUCCGCAAGCAUACCCUUCAUAUGUCAGCAACCUUGAAGAUGGCGAGUUUAAGGACUUGAUCAGGCCAAGCGCUGAAGUUCUUAGCUUGAGCAGGCUUGGUGAAGUGGAUAUCAUCACGUCAACUUCAACUAAAACAGUUAAUGUUGAUGAUUUUGGAGCUACUGGUGAUGGAGAUGAUGACACCCAGGCAUUUGAGGAGGCUUGGAAGGAAGCUUGUUCGUCCAAGGGUACAGUUGUUCUUGAGGUGCCUGAAGGAAAGAGCUAUCUUCUUAGGCCUGUACGAUUUUCAGGUCCCUGCAAAUCUAAUCUUACAAUCCAGAUAUAUGGAACCAUAGAAGCAUCUGAUGAUAGAUCAGACUACAAGGAAGAUAGCAGACACUGGCUUAUCUUUGAUAGCGUUCAUAAUUUGCUAGUUGAAGGAGGUGGGAAUAUUAAUGGCAAUGGGAAGAUAUGGUGGCAGAACUCUUGCAAACUUAACAAAGAUCUUCCAUGCAAGGAUGCACCAACGGCACUCACCUUCUACAAAAGCAAAAACUUGGUAGUGAAAGACUUGAACAUCCAAGAUGCACAAAAAAUUCAUGUUUCGUUCGAUAAAUGCACCAAUGUUCAAGCUUCAAAUCUGACGGUAACAGCACCAGAGAAAAGUCCUAACACUGAUGGGAUUCAUGUUACACAUACUCAAAACAUCCAGAUCACUAACUCUGUCAUAGGAACAGGUGAUGACUGUAUCUCUAUUGUGAGUGGAUCCCAGAAUGUGCAAGCCAUGGACAUUUCCUGUGGCCCCGGUCAUGGAAUCAGUAUUGGGAGCUUGGGAUCUAGAAAUUCGAGGGCUUAUGUUUCAGGAGUGACUGUAGAUAGAGCUAAGCUUUCUGGAACCACAAAUGGAGUCAGGAUCAAGACAUGGCAGGGAGGGUCAGGAAGUGCAAGCAACAUCAAAUUUCAAAACAUUGAAAUGGUCAAUGUGACCAACCCCAUCAUUAUAAAUCAAAACUACUGUGAUCAAGAUAAACCAUGCAAAGAACAGAGCUCUGCGGUUCAGGUGAAAAAUGUGCUGUACAAGAACAUCAAAGGGACUAGUGCUUCUGAAGUGGCUAUAAAAUUUGACUGCAGUGAGAGUCAUCCUUGCCAAGGGAUUGUGCUACAAAAUGUUUACUUACAGGAACAAGGACAUGAAACUGCCAAAGCUAUCUGCAACAAUGUUAAAUUGAGUGAAGAAGAUGUUUUCCCACAAUGCCCUUGAGAGGGAUGGAUAUCAAUUAGGAGACUGGCCUUGACAUGUAAAAUACUAUAUACUAUGUACGUCAAUAAUACAAUCCAGAUUAUUUGUUUAGGAGUCCACUCAGCAGUUCAGUUUGCAGAUAAGGACAAGAGAAGAAAUCUCCAUGAGGUUUACCUGGGACUAGAACUGCUUGGAGGAAUCGCUUACAAACUUACAGAGAUUGUUUCUUAUUACAAUGGCUAGGCUGACUACCUAAAUUAGUACUAUUGUAGGGUAUACUGUAAUAACAUUGUUGUAAAAUCUGAUUA